AAUAUCAGAAACUCCCCUAUAUCUUUUUUACUUUCUUCCUGUCUCUUCGACAUUCUCAUCAAGAGAAACCAUAAUCUUUCAUAAACUUUCCUGAAACCCUAAAAUUAAAUUCCAAAAUGGCGUUAAGGAUUUCACUAAUUUCCCCCAAAUUCAAUAGAAAACCCUCAAAUAUCCAAACCGAACGAUCCCUCUUACCACCACCAAACCCUAUGAACAGAAGAAGCACAUUCCAAGUUUCUUGCAGCAAGAAAAAAACCAGUGAUGCAGAGAUUGCAAUUGAUUUAGCAACAGAGAUUGCAAGAAUAAAUAUCCCUGCAAUACAGAGAAAAGAAGCCAUGAAUAAAAGCAAGGAGCUUUUAUUUGGAGAGUUUUGUCAGUACCUAAGUCAGAAACCAGAAGAAGUGGAACAGAAAUGGAGAGAUAUGGAUGAAACAGAGAAGAUGGGUUUAGUGAAAGGGUUUGUUUCUGAAUGGAGUUUAUCAUUUCAUCCUUUAUCUUCAAGGUCUGUUAAAGACAUGCUGGAAGAACACUUGAAAAAAGAAGUAGAAAACCCUUCUGUUAGUUUAUCUUCUUCUCCUUCUCUAAUGUUUCCUAGUUUGAAGAAAAUUCUGGGCAUGACCCAAAACGGUAUGUAGAUUUCACAUUUAAUUGUUGAGUUUUUUAGUUUUUUUUA